AUGAGCAAGCCAAAGGUUGGAAUAAAUGGAUUUGGUCGCAUCGGUCGACUUGUCUUGAGAGCAGCAGUUGAAAAGGACACUGUUGAUGUUGUCGCUGUCAAUGAUCCAUUCAUCAACAUUGACUACAUGGUGUACAUGUUUAAAUACGAUUCAACCCAUGGCCGUUAUAAGGGUACGGUAACUGCUGAGGGUGGCAAAUUAGUAGUUUCAUUAAAUGGCAAAAGCACCCAUAAAAUUUCGGUUCACAAUAGCAAAGAUCCAAAAGAAAUUCCAUGGGGAACAGAUGGCGCAGAAUAUGUUGUCGAAUCGACGGGCGUUUUUACAACAACGGAGAAAGCAAGUGCGCAUCUGAAGGGUGGUGCCAAGAAAGUCGUUAUUUCUGCUCCAUCAGCUGAUGCACCAAUGUUCGUAAUGGGUGUCAAUAAUGACAAAUAUGAUAAGGCCAACAAUCACAUCAUCUCUAAUGCUUCUUGCACCACCAAUUGUCUGGCUCCUUUGGCUAAGGUCAUCCAUGACAAGUUUGGAAUCAUUGAGGGCCUGAUGACCACUGUACAUGCAACAACGGCCACUCAAAGACCGUCGAUGGGCCGUCCGGAAAGCUGUGGCGAGAUGGUCGUGGUGCUGCCCAAAACAUCAUCCCGGCAAAGCACUGGUGCAGCGAAGGCUGUAGGAAAAGUCAUUCCGGAUUUGAACGGGAAGCUUACUGGUAUGGCUUUCCGUGUACCAACUCCGGAUGUAUCAGUUGUUGAUCUCACUUGCCGACUGCAGAAGGGUGCAACUAUGGAUGAAAUUAAGGCCGCUGUAAAGGAGGCAGCUGAGGGAUCGAUGAAGGGGAUUCUUGAUUAUACUGAGGAUCAGGUCGUCUCGACAGAUUUCACGGGUGAUACGCAUUCGUCAAUUUUUGAUGCUAAAGCUUGCAUUUCGCUCAAUUCAAAUUUCGUAAAACUGAUUGCAUGGUACGAUAAUGAAUAUGGCUACAGUAACCGUGUCGUCGAUCUUAUCUCGUAUAUUGCUAGCAAAUAAGCCAUCCUUUUAAGCCACCCUAAAACUCUACCAACUAAUAAUAUAACCUUUAAUGCUGCUCGUAUUGUACAAUCUAGGAAUUUCAAAAUAAAUAUUAAUAAAGA